CUCCACUUUCUGAAAGAAAAAAUUGAAAGAAAAAACAGAAUUUACAUGAAGCUGCUGCUGCAGGUCAGGAUGCUGACAGGGGAGAAAAGGAUGCUCAGGUGAAACCAGACAGAUUUUCUUUUUCUUACACAGUACAGAUGUAAUUAUCCCAGAGGAGAAGGGGGGGCAUGGAGUAAAACCCAGUAGGAGUGCAAUCUUGGACAAAGCGAGCACAUCGGAGUAGCAGUAGUAUUAAGCAUCGAAUGCGCGGAGAUUCUUGCUAGCAGCCUGCCUGAGACGGGAGAUAUAAAAGUGCUGAAAGAGAAGUCUACACUGACUGAGUGUCAGAUCUGCAUAGCCACAGCACUUGUCUGGAUCACCUGCUGUUGUUUUGGCUGAUAAUGUUUGCAUUUUGUUCACAGUUAUGAAGAUUGUGCUAAGGAAAGCAAGCAAGAGCUCGUCAAGCCUCCCGCUGACUGGAUACACAGUAUUGUUUCAUAGAUGAGCUAUUUCUGAAUCUGAAGAAAGAAGCAGCGUUUCAGAAAUGGUUACUCAUUAUAUAUGGCUCUCUCUCCUGUACUUAGCUAAUGCCUUUGACAGAUCAGCAAAGCUUCCCAUCAACAGAAGUUUUGAAGGAUCUUUUGAAAUACCCAGCAUCUCCAGUUUUUUUUCCUGGAAUAACUAUACACUUACUGACUGGCAGAGCUUUGUGGACAGGAGAAGAUAUGGGGCAGAGUCUCAAAAUCUUACAGUGAAAGCCCUGCUCAUUGUGGCAUACUCCUUCAUCAUAGUGUUCUCGCUCUUUGGGAAUGUCCUGGUCUGUCACGUCAUCAUCAAAAAUCAAAGGAUGCACUCUGCUACCAGCCUGUUCAUUGUGAAUCUAGCUGUAGCAGACAUAAUGAUAACGCUGCUCAAUACUCCCUUUACUUUGGCUUGGUUUGUGAACAGCACGUGGAUAUUCGGGAAGGGGAUGUGUCACAUCAGUAGAUUUGCACAAUACUGCUCCCUCCAUGUCUCUGCUUUGACUCUUACAGCAAUCGCAGUGGACAGACACCAGGUUAUAAUGCAUCCUCUGAAACCACGCCUAUCCACUGCAAAAGGCAUUGUCUACAUCUCUGUCAUCUGGAUUAUGGCAACGUGUUUCUCCCUCCCACAUGCUAUUUACCAAAAACUAUUCACUUUUGAAUACAGUGAAGAAGUCACCCGAUGCCUGUGUCUCCCAGAUUUCCCUGAACCAGCUGACCUCUUCUGGAAGUAUCUAGACUUAACAACAUUCAUUUUGCUCUACGUUCUGCCCCUUUUAAUCAUCUCUGCUGCCUACCUGAGAGUGGCCAAGAAACUCUGGCUGCGCAAUGCCAUUGGGGACGUGACCACAGAGCAGUACUUCGCCCUUCGGAGGAAGAAGAAAAAGACCAUUAAGAUGCUGAUGUUGGUGGUUGUCCUCUUUGCUGUUUGCUGGUUUCCUUUAAACUGCUACGUCGUCCUCCUUUCCAGCCAAACUAUUCAUACCAACAAUGCCCUGUACUUUGCUUUUCACUGGUUUGCAAUGAGCAGCACCUGUUAUAACCCCUUCAUUUACUGCUGGCUCAAUGAACAUUUCAGACUGGAACUGAAGUCUUUUCUCAACAUGUGCAAAAAACCACCUACCCCGAGAGAGCACAGGUGUCCAUCCACAGUUCCAUCCUACAGAGUAGCCUGGGCAAAAAACAGCAACUUCAAGAGGUCUCAGGUCUCCCAUGUCCUUCCAUCAACCUCCAAUCUCCAGUCAGGAAAGACAGACAUCACUUCAGUUGAACCUAUAGUAGCUGUGAGUUGAAUGAUGCAAUAAAAUGGGAACACAUGGGGUAUGCACCAGGAUUGCAGGCGGAUUUGGUGAAAGCUGAAGAGUGUGACGCAGAGACACAGGAAUCCUUGACUACUUCACUAUAAUGCACACACAAAUGUGUGUGCUGUUUGUGCAGAGAACCCAGAACCAUAGGAGUCAAUGCAUUCCUAUUAGCAAGAGAGUUAUCUCUUUAAUGCAGACUGGUAGUAUAUCUAUACAGCCUUCAAAGAGAAGACAGACAGCAUAGCCAUUGAGAAGGGAGGGAAAAACCCUUUUCUUUGUCAGGCUGACUUUGAACUGGUGGCUAGCAAAGAACUCUCUGUGUAUCUGUAGCUAUUAUCUGUCGGUAAUGCUGUCCAGUGCGGUCCUUUUUCCUCGGAGGUUUGUGUGUGUGUGUUGCCUGUUGUUGAGCUAGAACCAAAACACUGAAACCAUUAUCUAAGUACAUUGAGUCUCAGUAUUAAAAAUGUCUUUUAGUGAACACAGGACUGGUAGAGACAAUUUCACCAUUAUGGUGCUGCUUGAAUCCAGCCCAAUUUAGGAGUCACAGAAAGCUGUUACCAGGGGUCACAGGCUGACUGGCUCUUUAAGGCAAGCCAGGCUCAACCUUGCCUAUGACCUAGCAGCCAUCCCCUGCUAAUGGUGAUAUGGUAACUUAAUGCUAAUUACUGACCCCAGCUGUGAAAGGGUUAGGAGAAGACUGUACAGCCAGGGAGGGAGAGGCUGAAGAGAAGGCAAGACUCUCCUGCAGGCAGGCAGAACUCACAGGGAGCAGCACUAGCUCCUGUGGGGGAAAGCCCUAAGCUAGGGCUACAAGGAGCAGGGAGAUCCCUAGGGGAAACUGCCAGAGUCCCUGCGGAAGACUUACUAGUCUUCAGCAGGGAAGGGAGAAGCCAGAGGCCUGAGAGGCAAACGGAGGCCAUGUUAAGCAGAGGCUGUUGGGAAGCAGCACAAGGGGGGAUUUAGACGUAGGAAGUGGCCCAGGGAAACAGCAGCAUGUCUGAAGAAGCAAAGCCAACUGCUUAAUACAGGGUCCUCUGGGUGGGCCUCAGUUUCCCUACUUGAGGAAGGGGCACGCAAGCCCCACUGCAGCGGCAGAUUAGGCUCCUGUGAGGGCGGCUCAGAGGGAAGGCCCUGAGGACACUUCAGUGCAGCCGUAGAAGGACAGAAGAAUUAUUAUUGGGUGUUUAGCUUGGACCUUUUGUUACCCCUGAAAGGGACUGAACUUAGGGGACUUGGCCAAAGGCCAAGUCACCUAAGACCUGGUGAGAAGCAGAGGGUGGUGGGAGGUGGUGGGAA